UAGGCAAAUUCACCGCACUUUCUCCGAAUAGGAAAGCCGGUCGUCAAAACGGCCCUUCUGUCUACUGGUCAUAGAAGUUCGGGUCAAAAUCACGCGCUGAAAUGCAAGGUUGUGCCGGCAAUGGUCGCGGGUAUAAAAAGGUCUUAGGAUUGGCUCCCGCGCGGUUUGAGUAACAUCGUUUCGUCCCCAGCCCUAGCUCUGCUGCGAUGGCACGGCUCGCUGACCACCCCCGACUCCAAGACCAUCCAGUAAAAAAUUAUCUAAAGGACAUAUUUUUCCGAUAAGGACGCAUCAUGUAUGGUCAGAUACGUGGAUCGAGGUCUGUGGCGAAACGACAACCUGGUAACGCCCGGACUAGAGACUACAAAGUCAUAAGAAUCGGCCGGCAACUUGAUUACUACGUCGCACUCGGUGGCCUAUAAAUCGCCGGUAAUGAUCCACUCGCGGCCAGCUUCCGCAUGCUCUAUAAAAUGAGGCUGCCUUGGCAUGUCACGUCGACUUUAUAAUCCAUGCCCAACAUCAAAGCACGCACAGCUUACCUAGUUGCGAUUAACGUCCCCUGCGCUUGUAUAAAGAUAUGAUCAUCCCACUCACUCUAUAGGCUCGUUAGGUCUUUCUUCAGCCUAACCUGGUGUCAAAUCGGCACAAUGCGUAUCUCCUCACUCGCUGCCUCUUUCUUAGGCACGGUUCCUACCCAGGUUACCGCUAUGUUCUACUAUCCAAAUCCGUCAACCUCUGCCCUUGAGCAUAUCCUCGUAGACAACUGGGGUGCCUAUGCUUCGAAUUUCUCGUCGGCCAUUACACCAUGCGACAAUUAUGUUACGGAAGUUGGUGAACCCGCCAUCAAUUCACAUCGGACGACAUCGGCGCAAUGGAUUCGUGUGGCAUUCCACGAUUUCGCAACGGCAGACGUGUUGAAAGGGACCGGAGGUAUAGACGCGAGUAUUGGAUUCGAGACUGCCCGCGAUGAAAAUAAGGGUUCCGCCUUCAACGACAGCUUCACGUUCUGGCAGCCCUUCGUUAACGAGUUCGUUUCUAUGGCCGACCUGGUCGCCGUUGGAACAGUGAUGUCGGUACAUCUCUGCGGAGGAAAAUACAUACCCUAUCAGCCUGGGAGAAUAGACGCGGAGGCAGCUGAUCCGGCUGUCGGUGUGCCAGAGCCAGGCACUAGCAUUGAGGAGACGCUCGCGCAGUUCAAGCAAACCGGUUUCAACCAAUCGGAUGCUAUCGCCUUGACAGCUUGCGGCCACACAAUUGGUUCAACGCAUAGCGGUGGUUUCCCCGAAGUAGUCGAGCCGAACAACACUACCCCUAACAACACCAACGGUGGGGUCGAUUUUGACAGCAGCCGAGCAGUGUUUGAUCAAGCAGUAGUUCACGAAUACAUCGACAACACGGGAGCACGUGGUGGAGCGUUGGUGACCAGUUUUAACGAAAGUAGCAGAUCAGAUCUUCGGCUCUAUGAGAGUGACGGUAACAAGACAAUGCUAGAGCUAUACGCGCAGGGAGACACAUUCCAAGAUACCUGCGUCGGCGUAUUGCAGCGUAUGCUUCAUACCGUUCCUUCAGCUGUGCAACUCCAACCUGCGAUUACACCAGCCCUUAUCAAGCCAAUUAAUGUGACUUGGGAUGUCACAAACGGCAAUCAAUUAGUUCUUUCUGGAAGAAUCAGGAUGUUAUAUGCUGGCGAAGUAUCAAAGGACCCGGUCUCAAUUACUUUUUCGAAUGGUUACACAGAGACAUUGACCCCCGAGGAAGAGUUGGGCAUUUCGGCAUUCAAACUAGCAGGCAGUCAAAUCAAUGCCACAUCCGGAUAUUUCCCUUUCUCUGUAUCGAGCGCCAGCGUAUCGGGGGCAUCUUCUUUCACCGUCACAGCAAAAGGCUUCGAAGCUCAAAACUUCCAAAUCCAAGAUGCAGCAUUCGUUGUUCCAAAUCUAACACGAGUUGCCGAUGGCGCCGCUUCCAUUACGGUCGCGGCAAGGACAAACCGAACCGAUUUAGAUCCAUCACAGCUAUCCAUCAAGAUUACGACACCGGUAUUGCAGCCACUUACGCUCGCGCCUAAGAUUGUGCGGACAGAUGUGUCCCUCGAGAAAGGAGAGAGUCCACUAAGCGAUAUAAGUUACUUGACUGGGUCUGCUGCUAUUGGAGGAGAUCCUACCGGGGCCAUAAGCGUGACAUUACUUUCCGGCGAAGAUGUCAUCGAUACCCUACUGCUUGACGUUGGAGUUGCGGGCUGGUAAAACUUGUCAACAUCUUAAGUAGUGCGUUAGGAUCGAUAUAUC